CGGCAUGGCGCUCCGGUCAAUAAAAUCGAUAGCUGGAAGCUGCCCGUAUUCCAGGCAAAGGCGGUGCAGUAGAAGAGCCGCCAUUUUCCCCGAAGGCAUCUUCCGGUGCCUUUCACCCAAGUUCGGGCAGGAGUUUCCUGAAUAACAGCGAGAGGUUUCCCUUAGCCCCGCAGGCGGCCGAUUCUGAUUCCCUUCGGCCUUCCCUGCUAGGCUCAGCCCUGGUCCGGCGACGGCUCCUAAAUCCCUGGGUCCGCCCACGCCCAGGGUCCGAGGCCGGGAAGGGAAAGGCCGUGGGGCAAGCUUCUCAGGUCCAAUGGCGCCUCCUUCUGCUCCGCUCUCUCCGCGGGGGCUAGGAGAGGCCCGACUUAAUCCGAGGCCGGGAAGGAGGUCAAGGGCUUUGAAGUUCGCGGACGUGGCCGUGUACUUCUCCCCGGAGGAGUGGGGGAGUCUGCGGCCCGCGCAGAGGGCUCUGUACCGGGACGUGAUGCGCGAGACCUACGGCCUCCUGGGCGCGCUCGGUUGCGCAGGUCCCAAGCCAUCCCUCAUCUCCUGGUUGGAGCGAAAUACCGAGGAUUGGGAACCGGCUGCCCUAGAUCCGCAGGAGUACCGGAGAGGGGUAACAGUCCAGAGAAAAACAAGAACCAGAAAGAAGAAUGGGGAAAAGGAAGUAUUCCCACCUAAGGAGGCACCCCGAAAAGGGAAGCGAGGGCGAAGGCCUAGCAAACCCCGACUGAUCCCCAGGCAGACGUCUGGGGGCCCCAUCUGCCCUGACUGUGGCUGCACCUUUCCUGAUCAUCCGGCCCUGGAGAGCCACAAGUGUGCCCAGAAUCUGAAAAAGCCUUAUCCUUGUCCCGACUGUGGGCGCCGCUUUUCCUACCCGUCCCUGUUGGUUAGUCAUCGGCGGGCGCACUCUGGUGAGUGCCCGUAUGUUUGUGACCAGUGUGGCAAACGUUUCUCCCAGCGGAAGAACCUCUCUCAGCACCAGGUCAUCCACACAGGCGAGAAGCCUUACCACUGCCCUGACUGUGGCCGCUGCUUCCGCAGGAGCCGGUCCUUGGCCAAUCACAGGACCACACACACUGGCGAGAAGCCGCACCAGUGCCCUAGCUGCGGGCGUCGCUUCGCCUACCCGUCCCUGCUGGCCAUCCACCAGCGCACGCACACAGGAGAGAAGCCCUACACCUGCCUGGAAUGCAACCGCCGCUUUCGCCAGCGCACAGCCCUGGUCAUCCACCAGCGCAUCCACACAGGCGAGAAGCCCUACCCGUGUCCGGACUGCGAGCGGCGCUUCUCCUCGUCCUCCCGCCUCGUCAGCCACCGCCGUGUGCACUCGGGAGAGCGGCCCUACGCCUGCGAGCACUGUGAGGCCCGCUUCUCCCAGCGCAGCACGUUGCUGCAGCACCAGCUCUUGCACACUGGGGAGAAGCCCUACCCCUGCCCCGACUGCGGCCGCGCCUUCAGGCGGAGCGGCUCCCUUGCCAUACACCGCAGCACGCACACGGAGGAGAAGCUGCACGCCUGUGAAGACUGCGGCCGCCGCUUUGCCUACCCCUCGCUGCUGGCCAGUCACCGGCGCGUGCACUCGGGCGAGCGGCCUUAUGCCUGUGACCUUUGCUCCAAGCGCUUUGCCCAGUGGAGCCACUUGGCUCAGCACCAGCUUCUGCACACCGGAGAGAAGCCUUUUCCCUGCCUUGAGUGUGGGCGAUGCUUCCGCCAGAGGUGGUCUCUGGCCGUCCACAAGUGUAGUCCUAAGACCCAAAACUGUAGCCCUAGAGCUGCUAUAGGAGGGCCCAGCCAGAGGAACAGCACCCUUUAGAAUGUGAAAGCCUGGCUAUGUUCACUUCAUUUCCUGGAGAGAUCCAGGAAAGGGAAGGCGGAGCCCUAGUCACAUAGGGCAGGGUCAAAACUAAAACCCAGCCCUCCUGCUCCACACGCCUGAGCGUCAGUGUAUUCCACACACCGGCUGCCUUACAGAGCGUGUCUAGAACAGUCGCCUUAUGACAGGGGACUGAUCAUUUGGUUCAAAUUUCUGAAAUAAUUUGUGUGUGUGGAUACCAGGGCUAAAAGUUCUCCCAUCUAAUUUAGGGGCUGCUUUUCUAAUUUGUGCAUACGGGGAUUAUCGUCCCCUUGCAUGCAGUCAGGAAAAUCUCAUUUGUAGGCGGCUCUCUCUCAUACCGGUCUGAAAAAGCCUGGUUUAGUUAGCCCCCUUUUACAACACUCCUGCCAGUGAUCUACUGCUUCUUUGAAAACCUCCCUUGACAGGGAACCCACUACCUCACAAGGCAGGCCAUUGCAUUGUGGGAUAGUGCUGAUGUUUAGGAGGUUAAGUUCCACAUUCUCUAUAAACAUGGCCUAAAUGUGUUUAAUACUUUAUGUACAUGGCAGCUCUUUCAGAUGACUUAAUCACAACUACUUUGCCCCUAAGUUUCCAGGUUACAUUGCACUAAAAUUAGGUUUUUGUUAUAUCUGUUUUUCAAGAUGGAGUCUCACUGUAUUGCCUAGGAUGGUCUCCAACCUCAUGGGCUCAGGCUAUCCUCCUGCCUCAGCCUCCUGAGUAGCUGGGACUACAGGUCUGUGCCGCUAACCAAACUCUCUGGUCAGGCAUUCUUUAAAGACAGUUUCAGGGCUGGAGGCAUGGCUCAAUUGGUAGAGUAACUGCUUAGGAAGUGCAGGGUCCUGAGUUCAAACCCCAGUACUGCAAAGAGGCAAAGUUUGAAUUUCCCCAUGUGUCUCUCUCCAA